AUGUUAGGCUCAGCCACCAUUCUUCGCGGCUUCAAGAUCUCUGUGGCCGUUCUCGAUGCUUUCCUUUGCGCUAAUGGGGUGGAUGAAACUGAAGGUUGUCCACCAAUGUCCCAACACCAUCCAGAUAAAGAUCCCAUUUCUGCCUUGCUCUACACAAAAGUCUCCGAGGCAGGCGGAACUGCUAGCAAACAUAAGUUUCGCGUCAUGAUCCCUUCCAGAGAAGGACAUGAUCAUUCUACUGUCGCCUAUGUCACAUAUUCUUGGCUUACAGUCUAUGCACAUCGCGACCUGCAGUUGGACGAUGAAGCGUUCGCGGAAAUUCCGACAGGAUUCCAAGAACUGAGAAGGCAGGUUUUGUCCUAUGUCGAUAAAGUAUCUCAGGGUCGCAUUUCAGAUGAAGGGCGGCUGGGCCUAUUUGCUGUUCACACGCAUGAGUAUCGAGGUUUAUACAACCCCCGGGAACUCAUUGAUAGAUUCAACGCGACUCAGUAUUGCGAUCAGUGUGAUGCAGUUUUCAAUGAUCCCCAGGAAUUGAAUGAUUGGAAUAAGCGAGCAUGGAAUAUGAGACAGGAUCAUCGUGCUGAAGUUCAUGGGUCUAUCGAGGGUAGGAAUCCACUCCCAGAUGUAUAA